GGCACGCAGCGGGGCUCUCGACAUGUCGGGCGCGGAGCGGCGGCCGGCGGCAGGCCGUGUUCAGUUGGACAGCAAACCUACACCAACCACCACAGCAGAUGGAAAUCAGAAUAUCACAGAAGUGGAUGCAUUUGAUAAAAGACAAACAUUUGACCCUGCAGAGCAAUACAAAAUGAACCAUCAGAGAAGAGGAGUUGCGUUAAUCUUCAAUCACGAGCACUUUUUUUGGCAUUUAAGGCUGCCAGAUAGACGUGGGACUUUGGCAGACAGAAACAAUCUGAAACGCAGUUUGACAGACCUUGGAUUUGAAGUCAGAAUUUUUGACGAUCUGAAAGCAGAAGAUGUGCUGAAGAAAGUUUUUGAAGCCUCUCGGGAUGACUACAGCAAUGCUGACUGCUUUGUUUGUGUGUUCUUGAGUCACGGUGAAAACGAUCAUGUCUACGCAUAUGAUGCCCAAAUCAAAAUUGAGACAAUCACGAACAUGUUCAGAGGAGACAAGUGCCAGAGUCUGGUAGGAAAGCCGAAGAUAUUUAUAAUUCAGGCAUGUCGAGGUGAUAAACAUGAUGAUCCAGUUCUCGUUCAGGAUUCAGUAGACAGCAAAGAUGAAACCACUGUUAACCAGACUGAAGUGGAUGCAGCUGGCGUCUAUACCCUGCCGGCUGGUGCAGACUUUAUUAUGUGCUAUUCUGUGGCACAAGGCUACUUUUCUCACCGUGAAACUGUAAACGGCUCCUGGUACAUCCAAGAUUUGUGCGAGGCUCUCGGGAAGCACGGCUCUUCCUUGGAGUUCACAGAACUUCUUACUGUCGUUAACAGAAAAGUUUCUCAUCGCAAAGUGGAUAUAUGCAGAGAUAUAAAUGCUAUAGGAAAAAAACAGAUUCCUUGCUUUGCUUCAAUGUUGACGAAAAAAUUGUAUUUUCAUCCAAAAUCUAAGUAGGUUGCUACUUCAUAAUGACAUUCUUUAAUGCUCACUGCAGAAGUGAGAAAGCUACCAUCUUAGUUCAGGAGAUUAAUACUCUAUGAGAUUAUUUGCAAAAAUACUGGAAUCAAACCUUAGUUUGUAUAUGCAACAGUUUCAGAAAUCUUAAGGCAAAUUUAAAGCUAAUAUUACAGCCCUUUAUCUCAGGGAAUUUGGAAAAAGUUUGCUGGUGCUAGAUUAGGAAGAGGUGCUCAGAUUUUAUUGAAAUUAACUUUUAAGGAAAAAGAGAUUUUUGCUCAAUUCAUCUGUUUAAUUAUGGAACAUUUUUUACUAUUUUCAAAACUUUUUAAACACUGUAUUAGGUUAGCUUCUCUUGCUCCAAGAGUGCAGUUUACAGGAAAUAUACUUGUAAAGCAUCUUUUUGUAUCUGUGUACAACAGUACACACCAUCUAAUUUUUAAGCAUUUAUUGCGGGUGAGGUUUUUUUUUCCUCUCAACACUAAAAACGUACUUCAUUCUUAAGUGCAGUUGUAGUUCUAAUGCAAAUAAAGGGCUUCUUUUGCUGGCACAUAAUCUUCAUUUGUGGCACAAUUAAAGCUUGAUGGUGCUUUGCAUCUUCAGGGGGAAAGAAAGCAGUAGUGAAAUAAGGAAGCAAAUAGCUUGCUUUGGAAUAGCAUGAUUUUGGCUACAAACACACUCCUUGACAGGGGUAAGCUUAUCUGGUACACAUCACUAAAGUGAAUGAUUUAUAUGCUUCAGGCUCACUUGCAACUCUUCUAGAUAUCUUUAGGCAGCACUGCAAUAUACACCAUAAGCAAGCCUUAGUACUUCAGGUCUUGGUGUUGGACCAGACUCUGCCUCCUCUGGGCUCCAGAGAUGAGCUGUACGCUGUCAUUUUGUAUAAAGAACUGAUAGUACACUUGUCAUCAUAGGAUGUUUCAGGUUGCUACUGCUGCAGCAUUAGUAAUUGCAAUGCUUAAUGGAAGCAAUUAAAAAAUAUUUUUUACAUUAUUGGUAUAUAAUGCUUAACUCUGGUUGACAACGGAGAACUCACGCUAAGGAAAGUUAAUUCACUUUUCUGGGUAAAAGGUAAUUGACUUACUGGCUCUAUUUAGUUAAAUCCUUUCAUGUACUGUGUUCUGAGUCACAGAUAUUAAGUCUUAAUAUGGCUACUGUGAAGCUUUGAGUAAAUCAUGUAUAUGUGAAUGUCUGGUAAGUUCUUUCAGUAAAAUGGAAAAAUAAAACAUAAUUUUACAGUAAAUGA